UUUGUGGAUUGACAUCAUUCAAGAGCUAUCAAGUUGCUAUUAUUACAUCUUUGUCUGGUCUGAAGAAAAACUUGCAACUGCAGUGGGUCUGCUUCUAGGAUUUAACUAAUGGCAACGAUAUUAUUUUCUUUUGCUGGAUCAUGCAUCCAAAAACUCCAAGAAGUCAUUACAGAGGAAGCAAUUCAAAUACUAGGUGUUAAACAAGAGCUCAGUGACCUUCAGCAAACAAUGAGACAGAUACAGUGUUUUCUCAAAGAUGCUGAUCGAAGAAGGAUUGAAGACUUAUCUGUUAGCAAUUGGCUUAGUGAUCUGAAAGACGCAAUGUAUAGUGCUGAUGACAUCAUUGACUUUGCCAGGUUCAAAGGGAGCAAGCUACUAGGAGAACAGCCUUCUCCGUCAUCAUCAUCAAGAAAAUUAGCUACAUGCACUGGUUUUCCACUUAUCUCUUGCUUUUCUACUAUUUGGACACGACGUGAGAUUUCUGUGCAGAUUAGAAGCCUCAAAGAAAGAAUAGACAAAAUUGCUGAACUAGGUACAAAGUUCAAGUUUGAAACAGAACCUGUGUUAAGCAUUUCAGAUAUGAGAAAAACAUCCCACCUUGUUGAACCAAAUAUUGUGGGAAAGGAGAUUAUUUAUGCUACCAAUAGAUUGCUAGAGUUGGUUCUGAACCACAGAGAAGAUAAGGUUUACAAGAUAGGUAUUGUUGGAACAGGAGGAAUUGGAAAGACAACACUAGCUCAGAAAUUAUACAAUGAUCAAAGACUAAAAGGAAGCUUUGAGAAACAUGCAUGGAUUUGUGUUUCCCAGCAGUACUCUCAAGUUCCUUUGUUGAAAGAAAUACUUCGAAAUAUUGGAGUGCAGCAAGAGCAAGGUGAAAGUUUGGGAGAGCUGAAAGCCAAACUUGCAGAAGCCAUUAAUGGAAAGAGAUUUUUGCUUGUGUUGGAUGACUUGUGGGAGUCUGAUGUAUGGACCAAUUUGCUAAGAACUCCACUCGCUGCCGCUGAUCAAGUAACAAUUUUAGUAACAACUCGGCAUGAUACAGUUGCAAAGGCAAUUGGAGUUGGACAUAUGCACCGAGUUGAAUUGCUGUCAGAGGAAGUAGGAUGGGAGUUACUAUGGAAGAGUAUGAACAUAUCUAGUGAGAAAGAAGUGCUCAACUUGCGUGAAACUGGAAUUGGGAUUGUUCAAAAGUGUGGUGGCCUUCCUCUUGCAAUUAGGGUUGUUGCUAGUGUCCUAUCAACAAAGGAGACAACAGAGAAUGAAUGGCGAAAUAUUCUAAGCAAUGAUGCUUGGUCUAUGAGUAAGCUCCCAGCUGAACUGAGAGGUGCUUUGUACUUGAGUUAUGACCAGUUACCACAAAACUUGAAGCAAUGUUUCCUCUAUUGUGCCUUGUAUCCCGAAGAUUGGAUAAUGUGUCGUGAUGAUCUUGUCAGGUUCUGGAUCGCUGAAGGCUUUGUAGAGAUGAAAGAGAACCAGCUAAUGGAAGAUACAGCAGAACAAUACUACUAUGAGUUGAUCUCAAGGAACCUUCUACUACCAGAUCCUACCUAUCUUGACCAAUAUUGUUGCAAAAUGCAUGAUCUACUGAGGCAGCUUGCAUGCCAUUUAUCAAUGGAAGAUUGUUUCCUUGGAGACCCACAACUUUUGGAGGGUAUAACUGUUUCUAGACUACGACGUUUGUCAUUGGUAACAGAUAAGGAAAUUGUUGCUUUGCCAAGUGUGGGUAGUCAACAACUCAAAGUGAGAAGUAUAAUGAGUUUUUGUGGUAACUCGCUUACAAUUGAACCUUCAAUGUUCAAAAGUUUUUUGUAUGUUCAUGUUUUGGAUCUCAGCGGGUCAAACAUAAAAACAAUUCCAAACUAUAUUGGCAAUUUGAUUCAUCUGCGUUUAUUCGAUCUUCAGAGUAGCAGUAUAACUUGCCUUCCAGAGUCUAUUGGUUCAUUAAAAAAUCUUCAGGUAUUGAACUUGGUGGAGUGUGGGGAUUUGCACAGCCUUCCUUUAGCAGUCACUCGAUUAUGCAGCUUAAGAAGUCUUGGUCUUGAGGGCACACCAAUUAACCAAGUUCCAAAAGGAAUAGGUGGAUUAAAGUAUCUAAAUGAUUUGGGAGGAUUUCCAAUUGGUGGUGGCAAUGCUAAUAGAGCUAGAAUGCAAGAUGGAUGGAACCUAGAAGAGUUGGGUGCUCUUAUGCAGUUGAGGAGACUUGAUUUGAUUAAUCUGGAAAGAGUAGGUCCUUGUACUACUGAUUCGAUGUUAGUAAACAAAAGGUAUCUCAAAAGGUUAUCUCUAUGUUGCAGUGGAAGUACAGACAAACCAUAUUCUGAAGAUGUUGUAAUCAAUAUUGAGAAGACUUUUGAUUUGCUAAUCCCUGCACACAACCUGGAGAAUCUCGGUCUUUUGGAUUUCUUUGGUCGGAGGUUUCCCACCUGGAUAGGUACUACUGCGCAUUUGCCUUCACUGACGUAUUUGAGGCUCAUAAAUUGCAAAUCCUGUGUGCAUCUUCCACCAAUCGGUCAGCUGCCCAACUUGAAAUAUCUGAAAAUCAAUGGAGCCACUGCAGUCACCAAGAUUGGACCCGAAUUUGUUGGCUCUGGGGUGGGUAAUGUUAGAUCUACCGAGGCAGCAGCUUUCCCCAAGCUUGAAACUUUGGUCAUCCAGGAUAUGCCCAACUGGGAGGAGUGGUCUUUUGUUGAUGAAGAAGGACAAAAAGCAACAGCAGCUGGUCCAGAAGGAGCAGAGGAUGAGACUGAUGCAAAUCAAAAGGGGGCCGCCCCACCUCCAAUGAUGCAGCUGCUGCCACGAUUGAAGAAGUUCAAUCUUCUCCGCUGCCCCAAGCUGAGAGCUCUCCCACAGCAGCUUGGACAGGAGGCCACCAGCUUGAUGGAGCUCCAAUUAAGAGAGGUGCACAGCCUUAAGGUGGUGGAGAACCUGUUUUUCCUGUCAGAGAUCCUUGUAAUUGCUGGAUGUUUUGGCCUAGAGAGGGUCUCGAAUCUUCCUCUUACGAGAGUGCUGCGGGUAUCUUUUUGUCCCAAUUUAAGGUGUGUUGAGGAAUUUGGUAGCCUGGAGCAGCUGUGGCUGGACAUAUCUAUGCAGGAUGUAUCCUCACAGUGGGUGCCAGGGCUUAAACUCGGCCGCCAACAAUGCCAUGGCGAAGACCUGGACGUGUACACAUGGCCUAGAACCGAGUAGAGUUGGGCAGCUCAGAUACUAGAGGAUGGUGGAGAAAGGUUCAUGAAGUAUAUCAACCAAGACGUGCUGAUGUGGAAACACAAAGGAGAUUGGAAAGCCAGCAUCAGGUGUUACCGGAAUAAUGAUUUGUUCUAUUUAUGCUUAUAAUUUCGUAUACCAUUGAAUGUAAUAAUAAAAAAAAACAAUGUGAUGCUACUUGAGUCCCUCAGCUCUCUUAUGAGGAAUACUCAGAGGAUACUUGCCUUGCUUGUGAA